GAUUUGUUGUCUUUUGCACACAGGUUGUAUGUCUGUCUGUUUGGGUACAGUUUUUCAUAAAUUCUAUUGUAUUUCUUUAAUUUCCUAUAAAUGCCUGCAAGAAAAUGAAUCUCAAGGUAGGAUACGGUGACAUAUAUAUAUAGUUUGAUAAUAACUUUACUUUGAACUUUGAUUCAAUCAUUUGAUUCAGCUAUUCAAUCAUGGCUGAUUUAUUAUUUCCCCCUCAACCUCAUUCUCCUGCCUCUUUCCCGUAACCUUUUAUAAUGAAGAACCUAUCAAUCUCUGCUUUAAAUAUACCCAAUGACAUGGUCUCUGUGGCCUUCUGUGGCAAUAAAUUCCAUAGAUUCACCACUCUCUGGCUAAAUAAAAUUUCUUCUCAUCUCAGUUAUAAAGAGAUAUCCUUUUAUUCUGAGGCCCUUUGGUAUUGACUCUCCCAUGACUAGAAACAGCCUCCCUCUGUCCAUAUUAUACAGGCCUGUCAAUAUUUGGUAGGGACAAACAUGUGUCCAGACCACCACCAAGAAUAUAUCAACAAAGGCUGAGCCUAAAGAAGGUGUCAUCCAUCACUAAGGACCCUCACCAUCCAGGACAUGCCUUCUUCUCAUACUACCAUUGCACGUGAAGACACACGUGCAAUGAUUCAGGAACAGCUUCUUCCCCUCCACCCUCAGAUUUCUGAAUGGACGAUGAAUCCAUGUGCACUACCUCACUAUUUUCUUUUUUUUUGCUCUCCUUUUGCACUACGUAUUUAAUUUUAGCCCCCGCUCUGCUCACUUUCCACCCAUGACAGUGUGGCUGAGUACAAGUCCAACACCAUAUUCAAGUUUGUUGACAACAUCACUGUUGUGGGCUGUUUCAAAGGUGGUGAUGAAUCAGCAUACUGGUACAGGAGGGAGACUGAAAACUUGGCUCAGUGGUGCAAUAACAACAACCUCUCACUCAAUGUCAGUAAGACCAAGGAACUGAUUACAGACUUCAGGAGAGGGAAACCAGAGGUCCAUGAGCCAGUCCUCAUUGGAGGAUCAGAGAUGGAGAGAGUCAGUAACUUUAGAUAUCUGGGUGUCACUAUCUCAAGAGGAUCUGUCCUGGACCCAUCAUACAAAUAUAACUGCAAAGAAAGCACAACAUCACCUUUACUUCCUCGGGAGUCUGCGGAGAUUCGGCAUGUCAUUAAAAACCUUGGUAAACUUCUAUAGAUGUGUGGUGGAAAGUGUGCUGACUAGCUGCAUUAUGGCCUGGUCUGGGAACAGCAAUGCCUUUAAACAGAAAAUCCUACAACAGGUAGUCAAUUUGGCCCAGUACAUCAUAGGUAAAACACUCCCAACCAUUGAGCACAUCUACAUGAAACACUGCUGUAGAAAAGCAGCAUCCAUCAUCAAAGAUCCACACCACCCAGGCCAUGCUCUUUUCUCUCUGCUGCUGUCAGGUAGAAGGCACAGGAGCUUCAAGACUCCACCGCCAGAUUUAAGAGAAGUUACUACCCCUCAACCAUCAGGCUCUUGGACAGAAAGAGGGUAACUACACUCAUUUAAGGACUCUGUUAUACAGUUAUUUCAUGCUCAUUAUUUAUUAUCUGCAGUUGUUUACACCUUACAGAUCCUUUUUACAGUUACUAUUCCAUAGGUUUGUUAACAUUCCUGCAGAAAAAAGAAUCUCAGGAUUGUAUGUGGUAACAUGUAUAUACUCUGAUAAUGAAUUCUACUUUGAUACCUUGAACUUUUUAACUUUAAAAAAUAUAUAUAUUUCUUAUUGUAAUUGAUAGUUUUUUAUUAUUGCUCUGUACUGCUGGCACAAAACAACACAUUUCAUGACAUAUACCUGUGAUAUUACCCUGAUUCUGAUUUUGCCCUUCUGGUGAAGAAACUCCCACAAUAUUGUUAGGGACGGAGUUCAUAGAUUUUGACUCAGUGAUAAUGAAGGUGUGAUAAUAACUUUUAAUUAAGUUGUGACCGGGGAGGUAGAGUGAAAAACAGGGAGGAUGUUUUAAAGAUUAAAGAUAAGCUUUAUUUGUUUAUUUAAUGAAACAGCACAGAAUAGGCCCUUCGAGUCAGGGCCUCCAGCAACCUUCAACCCUGAAUAAUCCUAACCUAACCAUGGGACAAUUUACAAAGACUAAUUAACCUACCCUAUAUGUCUUUGGACUGUGGGAGAAAAGCGUAUCAGCCCGGGAAAAGCCACGCAUUCCACGGGGAGAUCGUGCAGAGACUCCUUGAGAAAUGCACCAAAUUGAACUCCAAAUACCCCGAGCUGUAAAGUGUUGUGCUAACCGCUAUGUGACUGCGGCGUCCGAAAAAUUGUCACGUGUACAUCAAAACACAGAGUGAAAUGCUGCAGAGGGAAGUAGUCUCAGCCAGCUCCAACACAGGCUCAACCCUCCCCACCAUCGAAGACAUUUUCAAAAGGUGAUGCCUCAAGAAGGCAGCAUUCAUCAUGAAGGACCCUCACCACCCAGGACCUGCUCUCUUCUCAUUGCUACCAUCAGGGAGAAGGUAACAGGAGUCUGAAGGCACACACUGAACAUUUUAUGAAGAGCUUCUUUCCCUCUGCCAUCGGAUUUCUGAACAGUCUAUAAACUCUUGAACACUACCUCACUAUUCCCCUUUUGCAUUAUUUAUUUAUUUUGAAACCUAUCAUAAAUGUUUAUGUCAAACACGAGGAAAUCUGCAGAUGCUGGAAAUUCAAGCAACACACUCAAAAUGCUGGUGGAACGCAGCAGGCCAGGCAGCAUCUAUAGGGAGAAGCGCUGUCGACGUUUUGUGUGUGUUGCAUAAAGGUUUAUGUGCUGUGCUGCUGCUGCAAAACAACAAAUUUCACAUCAAAUUUACUUAGAGAUACAGCUUGGUAGCAGGCCCGUAUGGCCCAACAAGCCCGCACUGUCCAAGUACACCCGUGUAACAAAUUACUCUACUAACCAGUAUGUUUUUGGAAUGGUGACAGGGAGAACAUCUGUAAUUGUGAACUGCCCUGUGAUUGGGCUCGGGUUAAACUGGUGGGUUGCCAGGCAGCGUGGAUCAAAAGGCCAGAAGGGCCUUGUCUGUGCUGCAUCUCUAAAUAAAAUUUAAAAAAUCAGACGGUAAUGGAACGAGUCAGAAUGCUCUCAACUGUACAGUUGAAAUUUGGAAGAGUCUUUGGUGACAUUCCAAAUUUCUUCAGACUCCUUAUGAAAUAUAGACACUGGUAUGCCUUCUUUGAACUCAGCCAGCUCCUUCACGGGCACAGCCAUCCUUGAGGCCAUCUGCAGAUGUCUCAAGAUGUGGCAUCCAUCAUUGAAGUUCCUCACCACCCAGGACAUGCCCUCUUCUCAUUGCUACCAUCAGAGCAGGUACAGGAGCCUGAAGACAGACAAGACUCACACACACACACACGAUGUAUUCCCUUAGAGUACAGUUAAGCAAUCAUCAAGAAAUGGAAAGAAUAUGCCACAGCUGUAAAUCUGCCUCGAGCAGGUCAUCCUCAAAAACUGAGUGACCGUGCAAGAAGCGGACUAGUGAGGGAGGCCACCAAGAGACCUAUGACAACUCUGGAUGAGUUAUAAGUGGCUGAGAUGGGAGAUGGGAGAGACUGCACAUACAACAAUGUUGCCCAGAUGCUUCACCAAUCACAGCUUUAUGCGAGAGUGGCAAAGAGAAAGCUACUAUUGAAAAAAGCUCGCAUGGAAUCUCGGCUAGAUUUCCAGAAGGCAUGUGGAGACUCUGAAGUCAGCUGGAAGAAGGUUUUAUGGUCUGAUGAAACCAAAAACAAGCUUUUUAGCCAUCAGACUAAACACUACAUUUGGUGUAAGCCAAACACCGCACAUAAUCAAAAACACACCAUCUCUACUGUGAAGGAUGGUGGUGGCUGCAUCAUGCUGUGGGGAUGCUUCAUUGCAACAGGCCCUGGAAGGUUUGUGAAGGUAGAGGGUAAAAUGAAUGCAGAAAAUACAGGGAAAUCCUGGAGCAAAACCCGAUGCAGUCUGCAAGAGAACUGAGACUUCAGAGAAGAUUUGUUUUCCAGCAAGACAAUGACCUAAGCAUAAUGCCAAAGCUGCACAGGAAUGGCUUAAACACAACAAAGUUAAUGUCCUGGUGCAGCCAAGACAGAUAAUUUGUGGCUGGAUGUGAAAAGGUCUGUUCAUUCAUGAUCCCCAUGCAAUCUGACAGAGCUUGAGCAGUUUUGUAAAAAGAAUGGGGAAAAAUUGCAGUGUGGACAUAUCCACACAGACUCAAGGCUGUAAUUGCUGCCAAAGGUGCAUCUACUAAAUACCGACUAGAGGGGGUGAAUACUUAGGUAAUCAAUUAUUUUGUGUUUAAUAAUUGUAGUAAGUUUGACCAAUUUGUAGAAAUUUGUAUUCACUUUGACAGACAGGAAUCUCUUCUGUUUAUCAGUAUCAAAAACACCAAAUUAAAUCCACCAUGAUUCAAUGUUAUAAAAUAAUAAAACAUGAAAAAUUACAGGGGGGUGUUAUAGGCACUGUACAAUCUUGAAACUCAUUUUCUUGUAGGCAUAUGUACUAAAUCCUCAUGAGAAUAACUAUAAUAGAAUCAAUGAAAGGCCACACCAAUCUGAGCGUUCAAUCAGUGUGCAAAAGUCAAACUGUGCUAAUACAAAAGGAAGAAAUAAUAAUAAACAAAUAAACGACAAAUAUCGAGAACGAGAUGAAAUGUCGUUGAGUGAGUCCAUAGGUUGUGGGAACAGUUUAGUGAUGAGCAAGUGAAAUUAUCCCCGCUGGUUCAAGGGCUUGAUAGCUGGGGUGAAAUAACUGUUCCUGAACUUGGUGGUGUGAGUCCUGACGCUCCUGUACCUUCCCUAUGGCAGCAAUAUCCUGUAUAGAUGCACUCAGUGGCGGGGAAGGCUUUACCCUUGAUGGACUGGGCCAUAUCCACUACUUUUUGUAGGAUUUUCCGGUCAAGGGCAUUGGUGUUUCCAUACCAGUAUGUGAUGCAGCCAAUCGAUAUACUCUCCACCACACAUCUGCAAACCAUUUUGCUGAAUCUUUACAAAUUUCCAAGGAAGUAGAGGCGACGCUGCAUUUUCUUCGUAAUUGUACUUACGUGCUGGGCCCAGGACAGGUCUUCUUAAAUGAUAACAUCGAGGAAUUUAAAGUUACUGACUCUCUACUUGUAUUGUUUUACCUUGUUCUACCUCGAUGACAGUUAUACAAGACAUUGGGCCGUGCACCGUGCAAUGUUUGGAUCGACAUGCGGUAAUCAGUCAUUGACAAAGAACUUCACACGCACCGGGGAGACAACUCGGUCCAUCGCCCUGGUGGAGAUCGAUUAGUCGGCCUCCAGCGAUCAAGCCGCUCUUUGCAAUCGAUAGGUAGAGCCUGGCGUGGGGCAGCGGUGACUGCGUUUCCCAGAAUGCAGCAGGACGCCUGAGGAUGGCGGACCGUCACCUGGAGGAGUUGGAGAAGGAGGCGGCCUGUGGCCCGCUGCUGCACCCUGAGGAUGUCAAAAUUCAAAGUCACUACGGUCAUAGCUACAGUGACUCGCUGGCAAGGAAGAGUCACAUUGAUGACUACAGCACUUGGGACAUCGUCAAAGCCACGCAGUAUGGAAUAUUUGACCGCUGUCGAGAGCUUGUGGAGGCAGGUUAUGAUGUACGGCAACCUGAUAAAGAAAAUGUAACGCUUCUUCACUGGGCUGCUAUCAAUAAUAGAAUUGAUCUGAGCAGAUAUUACAUUUCUAAAGGUGCGAUUGUGGAUCAGCUGGGAGGAGACCUGAAUUCCACCCCUCUGCACUGGGCAACAAGGCAGGGCCAUUUGUCCAUGGUUGUACAUCUAAUGAAGUAUGGAGCGGAACCCUCACUGAUUGAUGGCGAAGGUUGUAGCUGUAUCCACCUGGCUGCUCAGUUUGGCCAUACAUCCAUUGUUGCCUACUUGAUCGCAAAAGGGCAGGAUGUCGACAUGAUGGACCAGAAUGGGAUGACACCGUUGAUGUGGGCUGCUUAUAGAACACACAGCGUGGACCCGACAAGGCUGCUGCUCACAUUUAAUGUGUCGGUGAAUCUUGGGGACAAGUACCACAAGAACACGGCAUUACACUGGGCUGUGCUGGCAGGUAACACCACUGUGAUCAGUUUGCUGCUAGAAGCUGGAGCUAAUGUGGACUCUCAGAAUAUCAAGGGUGAAAGUCCAUUAGAUCUCGCUAAACAACGGAAGAAUGUUUGGAUGAUUAGUCAUUUACAAGAAGCCAGGCAGGCAAGGGGCUUUGACAGCCCUUCAUUCCUAAAGAGGCUGAAAGCAGACAAGGAAUUUCGACAGAAGGUGAUGCUGGGCACUCCGUUUUUAGUGAUUUGGUUGGUGGGAUUCAUAGCUGACCUUGAUAUUGACUCCUGGCUAAUAAAAGGAUUAAUGUACGGUGGAGUCUGGGCACUGGUUCAGUUCCUUUCAAAGUCCUUCUUUGAUCACUCCAUGCACAGUGCACUUCCUCUUGGGAUCUAUUUGGCAACCAAAUUCUGGAUGUAUGCUACUUGGUUCUUCUGGCUAUGGACUGAUCUUCCAGUUCUGUCAGUCCACCUCCCAUUCCUUGUCAACAGUGUAGGGCUCUUCUAUAACUUUGGUAAGUCUUGGAAGUCAGACCCUGGAGUAAUUAAAGCCACAGAAGAGCAGAAGAAAAAGGGCCUGGUGUGUGAGUUUUUGCGUGUUUUGAGGAGCAAUAUGAGAUCUACAGGCAAAAUUGGCAGACAGACGGCAGAGAGAUUCCAGACAAUAGUGGAAUUGGCUGAAUCAGGCCAUCUGGACCUUAGCAUCUUCUGCAGCACUUGCUUGAUCCAGAAACCUGUUCGAUCCAAACAUUGUGCCGUGUGUAACAGGUGCAUUGCCAAGUUUGAUCACCACUGCCCUUGGGUUGGUAACUGCGUGGGGGCGGGCAAUCACAGAUAUUUCAUCGGAUACCUCUUCUUCUUACUGGGAAUGAUAAUCUGGAUGAUUUAUGGCUGUUUCUUCUACUGGAGCAUUCACUGUGAAACCAACUACCCAAAGGAAGGACUGUGGACGUACCUAACCGAGAUCGCCAGCUGCUCUCCGUGGGUGUUCUGGAUGUUCCUGAACAGUCUCUUUCACUUUUUAUGGGUGGCUGUGUUACUCAUGUGUCAGAUGUAUCAGAUCGCUUGUCUUGGGAUAACGACAAAUGAAAGGAUGAAUGCAAGACGCUACAAGCACUUUAAGGUUACAACAACCACUAUUGAAAGUCCUUUCAACCAUGGUUGCAUUAGAAAUAUCAUAGACUUCUUUGAAUUUAGAUGUUUUGGUCUCUUUCGCCCUGUAAUGGUGGACUGGACUCAUCAGUAUACAAUAGAGUAUGACCAGACAUCAGGCACUGGUUAUCAACUUGUGUAGCAGGAAUGGGAUCAGCACCCGCAGCAAAUCAUCUCCACAAUCAACCCUUCAAACUGGUGCCUGACAAAUCUCCUUCCUGUUUCGUCUCUAAUAUCAGCAAUCCAAAUAACAUUGCUACGAGGAGCUCCUGUUCCUGUGGUCCCCUUCUGGAUCCUUUGCGAAUGGAAAUUAACAGGGACAGUCUGACUGCCUGUUUCUGCCACCCCUGCCUCUUGCUCUAGCACUCCAUUGUGAUCAAAAUGUGUAAUAAGCUGAUGGCAGAAAGGAAAUCUUUAUAUAUACGUGUAUUAAAGAAGAAGACUGCUUUUCGCCAGAAUUGGUUUUUAACAUAAUGUAAUGUUUGUUUCUGAUUUUUGGAGUGGAAGCCACAAUAAGUGCAAACCCUGGAACCUUGAUUAUGGCCCAUUGGCUCAAGAAACAGUUGGCUCUUGACUUGCAACGCACACCAGGAGUGUGUAGAAGUGCAUCUUGUUCUAUUGUGAGCUUUGGUACUUCAGAUUUCAUAGAGGAAUGUCGAAAUACAAUAUCCACAAUCAUGUGCAAUGGUAAAAUUUAAAUGCCUUUGCCCAAGGCAUCGGUUAUUUUAACAACCUUUUCUUUCCCGUUUUAAAUCAUGGUUUUAAAGAUUUGGUUGAUCUGUUCUGGCAGCUGAGAAUGAUUAGGUGUUAGCAGAAACUUGCAGGCUCUCUCUCUCCCCAAGCGCUCACUGUUGGGGGAGUCUGCUGGGCAAAAGGCAGUCCUUGGGACAGUAAGGUUCGGAGGUUCCCCCAGCGCUCUAGGCUGUGCUGACAGUUGGGCGAGUCUACUGAGCUAAAGGUGGUUGUAAGUGAGCAGGGGUUUCGGAGAGGAGGGGAUGAGUUUGGGGUGGGCAGUGAGGGGAAGGGAGAGCAGGGAGGUUGCCAUCACUCAUUUUCCAUCACCAGCAUCACGUACUCAGCAUAUCAGUCACGCAGGUGCAAGACUGGCCAUGAGCUUUGCUUUACCAUCCAGUCUGAACAAACACAGGCUGGUGCGUGACUCACAGUGUGAGAUUUAUUGAGGAGAUACACCACAUCCUUUUUUUUCCUUUAUUGUGACCCAGCCUGGAGCACUAUAAUGUUUUCUACAGCCACUUUAGGUUGAGUUAAUGAAUGCUUGCCUACUGCUCCCUGGAAACUUGCAAGUUUACAAAAACCUGUGCAAAAUGAUUUUAUGAUGAAGGGUCUCAGCCCAAAAUAACUUUAACCAACUUCCUUGAGCCAGUGUAAAGAUUAGUUGUAUGUGUACAUAAAUUAUUUAUCAACUAGUUUACCAGUGUGUAUAUUUGUCAGUGUUAGUUUGGAGCUGCAAACUUAAUUUUCAACUCCACCAGAAGAAAAAAAGAGUGUAGGAAUGUAGUUUGUUUGCUUCUGGUAGUUCAUCGACCCACUCGAUUCUCUGCAUGACUGAUGCUUUGCAAAAAACUAAUUAAAUUUUUUUUAAAAGGGCAGCUCCCUAGACUGUAGGAGUUACAGUAUCACGUCGGCUUACAGUGAAGUGUUCUCAGCUUUCUUCCUCCAGCAGGAAGGUCAGUGAAUCUGUAAAUAGUGAGUGUCCUGUGUUUGCAAAGUGCAAGACUUUUCUGGUCGCUGUUUACUUUGUAGUGGAGACCACGCAUAGUUUGUGUACAACAUACCAUAAUAUCAAGAAUUGCAGUAUUGUAAUAUUAAUUAACUUGAAUGUCUUAUCAGGUUUGGGGGGGGUUUGGAAAUGAAGUAACCCCUUUCUCAACACAGAUGGUGUGUGCUGUGCUCCAUGGGAUAUGGCAUCUCAUUGGCAAGACUGUCUGAGUGUAGGAGCCUGCACACACCAUUUCAAUCUUUGCCUGGUAAACCAUGGAGAACAAAGACCAGGUGAAGAGUAAACAGGGCAAUGAUUACAUCACCAUUCAUUGCCCUUCCUGAGAUAAAUUGAUGUCCUUCUGAGGUUGAACACUGGUAUUUAUCACGACCACUUUCCUUUUGUACUUUGGAAUAACCCGUUACUUCACCACACUUUGAAGUCUGCAAUACCUCUCCCGGCUUUUUUUUUUGGUUGUGUGCGUGCGCAAUAGAGUUUCAUAUUCACGAGUAAUUGAGUUUCAUGUUCCACUAAUAAUAGGGGAAGCACUACAUUUCUGCAGUUGUGAAUACUUUUUUGUUUUUGUAUGACAUUAUUUAUAACUGUGCCAAGUGUUAUUUUGCUACUAUUUGGUCCCUUUCUGUACAAUGUGGAGAACAAAAUAUAGGACUGUAAUAUGCUCAAAUUAAAAAAAAAAGACUGUUCAUACAA